UUGUGGUCAGCAGUAGACGAUAUAAAAACAAUGGCGGUCGAAGCUGCGAAAAAACCUUGAAAACUUUGUAGCGGUUUGUGAAGAUGUCUUUCAUUCGAAUACGUCUUACUUUUCAGCGUGCUCUGCCUCUAAAAGAGGUCAAGAACUGUUGGUUCCUUGUGGAUACCUCCACUUGUAGCACGAUCGCCGAUUUAGAGUAUUUGAUAAAGAAGAGAUUCAUAGCGCUUUCCAAGAGCUGGAGCUCAGUGGACCUGUUUCUGGAGGACUACCUCCUACCUUCACAAGAGAAGAUAGAGAUUAUUCAAAAUAAUGACAACAUACGAGUGGAGGUUAGACAAAUGAUAAUCAAGCAGGCAGGCAGAGAGGAGGACUGUGACGACCAAGAAAGAGUGAAAAGGAGGAAACAGAACAAACGCUUGCCAGAUGCAAGUAAUAAAUCAAAAAGGAAACAGGUUGAUAACAGUGAAGAAGCUUUGAAUGAAAGAAAGAAGAAAAGGAUUAAGCCACCAGAAAAUGGAGUACAAGAUGUUAAUAAUACAGAACGGAAUAACAAAGCCAAGAAGAAAAAAAAAUCUACUAAAGAUAGGAAAAACCCAGUUAAGGAACCAAAGAUGGCAAAACAAGUGCAUAAAAAACACAAACCAAAUUUAUCUACACAUAUGGUAACAAAAAACAACAAUGUAUCAUCAUUGGCACAAGAGGAGAGAAAAUCCACAAAGACACUGGCAUUAACAGGUGCUGUUAACUCUCAGCAGAGCAAAUCAAGUAGACCUUCAAAAGAAAAAUCCAACAUGGAAGACAAACCUGGUAAUCCAUCUCAGAGAGUUUCAUCUAAAUCAAAUGUUGGUAAAGGUAAAAGUAAUUUAGAGCCUUUGAAAACAAAUUCAAAGAAAAGCAAGACCAGUGCCAAUGGCAAGGGAAAAGACCUUAUCACUGGCAAAAAGACCAUAAAUGGCAUUGUCACUGGCAAAAGAGCUGUAGAUAGCGACACUUCUUCCUCUGAGAGUUCAAUAGAAUCAUCGUCAUCAUCAUCUAGCCCAACAGAAUCAUCCUCGGAGUCAACAGAUGAAUCAGGGCCAUCAACUUCACACUCAAAAGUAAAUGGUACAGUAUCUCGAACAGCCAGUGCUGAGCUAAUUAACAAUGAUAAAUUGCCCAUCCAUGAAAGGUUAGAGAAGGAUGUUCAGCAUAAAAUUGCAAAAGAUUCAUCUGUUAGAAAAACAGGAAAGGAUGAGACUGGGGUAUCUUUGAAAUUACACACUAAUAGCAAAGGAAAUGGUGCAAUUAGAGAAUCUUCCUCAUCAUCAGAGUCAUCCACUGAUACUGACAAGUCUGCAGAUGCAGUAAGAAAGGAUACCAGGUCUUUGUCAUCAUCAUCGUCAUCGUCAAGUUCUUCUAGUGAAAGUGAGGAAGAGAAAGCAAAACUUGAUGGCAACAAGGAAACUUCAUCAUCAUUAUUACAUCCUGUGUUGUCAUCACCAUCAUCACAAUCAUUUCCGUCACCUUCAUUACUUCGGGGGAUACAGAUGCAGGAGACAAAUGAGACAUCUGCUAAUCAGUCUCCCAUCCACAGUAUUACAGAAAAGAUCAGUCUCUUUGGACAAAAGCAAGCUCAACAGAGCACAAGUAGAAGACAAAAUAAAAAGCCAGAUUCUAGAAAUUCAACAAGCCACAUCAGGUUUGAUUCAGAAGAGUCUGACGAAGAAACUGUUGAGGAGCAGCAAGAAGUUUGUUCCACGAAGGAUAUCACUGAUGACUUUAAUAGCACUCCACCAUCUUCAAAUAUUUCAGCAAGUGAGCAAAACCAUCAGGCAAGCUCGGAGAAAGCUGCAAGUGAAUGUAAGGAACCACUCCAGCGUGAUUACAGUCUUUGUACGCCACUUCAUGGCCCGCCCAGAAGUAAGGAUAAAAUAGCCUACAAGGUUCUAGAAUUAUCAGCUUCCUACACACCGGAAGUCUCAAGUUACAAGGAGGGUACUGUUGUCGAUUUUGACGCAAGCAGUGGAGCCAUAACGAUAGAACUUUCAAAGGAGUCGCUGAAAAAGACGCGAGGUGAUGGAAAUAUUACAGGAAAGUUUGAGUUGGUUUAUGACGAAAGUGAAGAAAACGCGGACAAUUUGGAAGAAGACCCUGAGGUUGUCGUGCCGUGGAACGCAAUGAUAGAUCCUGUUUUAAUCGAGUAGGAUAAUUAGAAAAUUUUCUCUUCACAUGACUAUGGCGCCUAACAGAAUUCAACCACUGAUGUGGCGUUUCUUCACGGCCGAGCAAGAGAGCGAUAACUAGUACAGGAAGGUACUAGCGAGGGAGAAAACUCUGUUACAGAAAACAUCGGUUUAUAUAUUGUUCUACUUGAAAGGCAGAUUGAAACUUCGAGACAUUUAUCACUAAGGUUUCCGUGUUAACGGCAAACCACGUUAUUCUGACAUCGGUACGUGGAAUAAACAGAAAUUUAGGAUAAAAAGCUUUCUUGUAAAUCACUUACGGGAAAGCCUACUUCUUGGCGUUGAAAACUCGUGUUGAGAACUCCGAAAGUGACCGUGGAGAUUAGUCACAUGACUUCUAGCGAUUUGCCGUUUGGCAUUUCCGCUGAAAACCUUGGUGCCAAAUGUCACUAGUAAUGAAGACCCUCAAACUAUGAACACUUGGCUUUUUUCUGCAUUUGUUUGUUGACUACACAAUUAGGGCUCAUGACAUCAGACUAAAAGAUAAGAAUGAGGACCAGGCCAAACGGCGAACUUAACAUGAGACGAACUAAGCUGAGCGAAUUAAGUUUAUCAGUGAUAAGUUCGAUGUUUGAUCUCUUUUUAUGUAAAGAUCUCUCAUCGGAUAAUCUUAAUGCUCUGAAAAUGUUAAGUGUUCAUGGUUCGUGCUUCCUCUUUGUAAACGCUGGGAAAAUGUUGAAUAGCCUAAACUGUUAGUGAAGAUUUUAAUAAGCGAUUUUAUUCUCUUAAACUCAAGGAAACAGUUACUAUUUCCCAAAAUGUGAUUAGGACCGCAAAAAUAGUUAUUAAGAGGCUGUCCGCGUAAGAACCGACCACUCGAUUUUCGGCCGAAGACAGAAUUUCAUGUCCAUAUGAUAAACAAAAAUAGUAAUAAUUUGGCUUGUAAUGCUAUUUUUCAGUAUUUCUGGUGAUGAUUUUCGAGGACGGUCCAAAACCGUUUUAUAAAUCGUUCUUUUUCGAGUCAAAUUUUGGUGUUGCGCUGAAGGCGCUGAAAAAUUACGCUUUUACUCAAUUACAAUAAAACUUACGGAUGAUUUUA